GACGCGGAAAUAUGAUUCAGGCGCCUUUGAUGACCAAACAUGCAGCUGGUUCGGACCACGCAUAUGAUUUCCUACAGUUUUUUAAGGUAGCCCAGUAGGCAUUGAGACACGGCCUAUGAUUAUUAAGAGAAAUUUUCACUGAAUUGACACGACAGGCCUAAUGACUCUUCUAUUUUUUUCUCACCACAAACCAACUCCGGUGAUUUUUUUUUUUUUAAGCUCUUGCAUCGGCUGGUGUGAUGCUGCUUCACAAAGAGAGUCUUCCUUAUUAAAACACCGGACAUAUGAGCGUCAGUAACUAAACAAAUGUGAACACCAUCCAGUAAGAAAACAACUAGCCAAGACUUUUAGGACGUACCGCUCGUAUUAAAAUGUGGAGUGACGCUUUUAACGGACUGAACUGAGAUGUUGUGAAGAAAAGCACCUGGUUGGACAUCGCCGACAAACUCUAAAAAGGUUUCAUUUAUCUGUCCAUACUUGAUAAUUUCUCGUUUUAUCAGCUAUGGAUGGAUCUGAAAACUCGGGGAGUCGCAUUGGUCGCACUAUUUGGACUGUUUGGGGCUAUCUCUCAGGGGCUGUUGGUAGAUACCUCAGACCGGAAGUCACUGAUGAAGGAAACCAAAAUAGUGUUGUUUUGAAAAAUACAGCAAAUGAAAUUAACAGGGAAGAAAAUGAAAAUGAAGCUGAGAAAAAGGAGGGUAAGAAAUUUUAUGAAAAUGAAAAAAAUACAGAGGUCAAAUGCUUAUUGCCUGGGGCCAGAAUGCAAGUUGCCUCGGCACAGUGGGAAAACACUGAUGUGGUCAUAAAUGAUCAUAAUGAACCUAAUGUAAACACCACAGAGAAACAAACUCACCAUUGUGCACUGUGGUCCACUGGCACAGACCAUGGAGAGAGUGUUUCAGGUGAUGUAGACAGCAACGGACACAAGCAAAAGAGUGGAACGAGAACUUUGGAUGUUCAGAUCAAUAACGAAAAUGAAGAGCGACAAAAAAGUAAAGCAUGCGUUGAAAAAGAGGCAGUUUCUUCUGAAGCAAGCAGUGAGGAUAAUGUAGAGCAUAAGGUGAGUGAAACUGAACGAGAGCCAGAAGAAAUUGUGGACAUUGAAAAAAUGCAUGGUACCAAUGAAGAUAAAAAAGAAGAAGAAUGUGAUCAGGAUGAUCAUGGGGAUGACGAUGUUGUUGUGUGUGAAUUGUUGAGAGAUCAAAAUAAUGCAGAAGUAACUGUCCAAUCUGAGCUUUAUGGACAAGACGUAGAACAAGAAAAGCUGAUAAACAAGAGAGACUAUGGAGAAACAGCAGGUAUCAGGGGGACAGAAUACAUCACAGACUUUCCCAGGGAAAAGGUGGUUGAACAUGUUAUUGAUGAAAAGGAGCAACAAACUGUUGUCCAAAAUCAGGAUCUGGAGAAAGAUGAGGAUUAUGAAGACAAAGAAACUGAAUCACAAGUGAAAGAUUUAGAGGUAGUGGAUGUGUUUCCAAACCCUCUUGAGACUGAAAGUAAAAAAUAUUCAGAAGAAAUUAUUGAAAAUGAGCACAUAUCGAAAAAUGAUCAGGAUAAAGACAUUGAAGAGAGUGAACAACAAGACUGGCCAGACUCUUUUGAAUUGACAUGUGCAGGCAUUUGCAAUGUAAAGGAAGUUUGUGAUGUAAUGCUGGGAGAAAUCCAAACUGCACAAACAAAGAAUAUAGAUGAAACCAAAUCGGAGUCAUUGAAGUCAUUAGAUACACUGCCAAGGGCUUCAGAAGAAAUAUUUGAAAAAAUUAUACCAAGCACUGAAAUAGGGAUGAAAACAGCCAAAGUAGUGGAUGAAUUUUUUGAAAUUGUUACUACAUCAAAAGACAUUCUGCAGUCUGAUAUAUCAAAACAGGAUACUCCACAAACAGGAAUUGGAUCACCUGUGGUGUCCAUAAAACCUGAGGCUAUGUUUUCAGAUCUCACUGGGUGUGAGCUCUCUAGAGAACCGAAGAUAGGGCCAGAGAUUGGAUCAGAAAAGACAGUGGCUGUGGACCAAAUAAAAACAGUAGAGACUGCUUUGGGAUGUUUUGGGGAGAUUAAGAUUAACUUUCAUGAGCCAAACACUCUAACAGAAGAGCAUUCACAAAGGGACACUGUGGUCGCCCACUCAGUUGAGCUACAAUUGCAGGAUAGCAAGGAGGCAUUUGAGAUAGAACAAGAUAUUGAUUCCUUUAGUGCAACACAAAAUCAAACACUUCAGGAAAUGGACAAAACCAAGUUCUCUCUCAAAGAACAUGAUAAAUUAAAAACUGAUCUGACUGUUGAAACAAUUGCAACAAAGGUCAGUUCAAAAGAAGAGAAAGUGAAACCCUUUGAGACAAACAGUCAAGCAGACGGUGAGCUUCUUGAGUUGACCACAGAAAGUGAAUGCAAACUGCCUCAAGCAACAAUGAAUACUAUCAGUGAACCACUAGAAGAUGGUGAAAAGGAAUCGUUGGUUGUGUGUGAAAUUGCUGGAACUGAAUUGUAUCCAGCUGAUAUAAAACUUGAUGCAGAGGAUGCACCAGAAGUGAAAAUUGGGCCUGUUGGAUCACUGACUGGACUAACAAGACCUUUAAGCCCAGCAGAGUUUCUGGACAAAACUCUAGAUUUGCAGAAAGACUCUGAGAGUUACUCUGGGGGACAGGAGAACAGAGAGGUCAGGUUGUUAGAUAAAACCACUUUAGAGUAUGUAGAAGAAAUAACGAAUCAAUGCCUGAGGGAAAUGAUAGAUAUGGAAAAUAUUUUAGGACAAGAAGUAGAACCUUUGGUAGAACUUUCAACUGAACAACUUUGUGAUGCAGAAUUUCAAGAACUACCAACUUGUGCCUUAGACCUAAAGCAUGAAAAUAUGGAGGCAUUCAAGGAGAGCAUAAAAGAGAUGAAGGUGGAAACAGCAAUUUGUGAAGUUGUCAAGAAGCAGAAGAAUGACCAUACUCUUUCAUCUGUGACCAAAACAACUGAAGCUGAUGAACAGGUAGAGGAGAAGGGCACAGCUUUAGAAGCAGUGUUAUGUAGUCAUGAAGACAUAAUGGAAAUCCGCAAAUCUGUGAUUAAAAGAAGAUUUGAUGAUGUGAGCAAAGACGUUCCAGAAGUAAUGAUAAAAGAAGAAAAUUCUCCACUGACAGACUGGUCAACUACUGUUGAUUUAGAUGUACAGGCAUUGAAGGACUCAUCUUUGGACUUUGGUGUUCAAAAAUCUAGAAUUGCUGUGAAGAAUCCCCUAGUUCGGCCACCCAAAGACCCCAGAAAACUUAUUUUCAAGGCCUCAGUGGAACCCUUUCUCCCAAAGCCUCAACCAUGCGGACUGUUGAAGGCAGGCCAGGGAAUUGCUGUCUCUGUGCCAAGUAAAGGGGUCAUUGGAUUUAAACUCCCAGGACUGGGUGCUGUGAUGCCCACACUUAGAAAAACAGAGUUUGGUAAGAAAGCAAAAGAGGAAGGAGAGGCAGAGAGCCAACUGCAGGGACAGGAACAGCAAAAGUCAGUGGCAGUAAAAGAGGAUUCUGUCAAACAAGAGCUAGCGUCACUUAAACCCAAAUGGACACCACCAAGACAUCCUGGUAUGGGCAGUCCCUUGAUGAUGGCAGAACUCAAAGGCAAACUCAAAAAGCCUGUUAAGGAGUCAAAUAUUUGAUUAUUUCAUUCUAUUUGGAUGCAGAGAUGCAUUCUCCACCUGGUUUCUGUUUGUUAUUUGUUUUCUUAUUUAAGCACUAUGCAACCUGGUUUGUGUUGUGGGAGGUCUGAACACUGUGUUUAACACUGAAGUUAAGCAACAUUUCAUUUCACUUCCGCCAUUACAUUAGAUAUCUGCACACUGCUCAGUAAAAAGAAAAACAAGUGUGAAUUUAAGCUGUGAUCUGAAAUUUCCUCUUAAGACUUUAAAUCUAAUGUAUCGUCUCAACAUUGUGUGUGCCAUACCAAGCUCAGCCUAGCUCAGUAUUUAUUUUGAAGCAAAUUAAGUAUGAAAUAAAAAAUGUAAGUGUCAUUGUGAGCUAAAUGUCAAUAAAUAUUUUUGCACUUUUUCA